AUGCCUUUGUCGGAUGAGUACUGGAAUUUGAGGUGCACUCAGCAUAAGGACUGUAAAGUACAACUACGGGUAAUACUCAUUACCCCACCUCUUUCACCGACUUACAAGGUCAACGUUUUCCGGAAUCCCGCCGAUCAUUCUCAUGUUCUCCGUGGUGAUCCAGGCAGUGGUUUCAAGACGGUGAAAGUCUCGGAUUAUACGAAGCAGAAAAUGCAUGAGGCUCUGGAGGCGGCCUACUUUAAGCUCACUCCGACACAGCUCUAUCAGCGGUUUUUAGCUCCGAUAUGUGUACAUGGUCCCCUUCCCGAAACUCCGGAUAUGAUUUCCCAGAGGCAGAAGCUGAAACGGUACUGCGAGAAUCUGAAGCGGAAUCACCAGAAGAAGGUUCGGGCGCUUUGUCUCGAUACGAUCAAUGACUUUGUUCGUGCGACAUCUGAUAAUGAGUGGGAUCCUGCAAUGUGGUCAGAGGCUCGUGAAAUACUUGAGAGUGGUAACCAUCUUCAACCAGCCAUGAUCAGGCUCAAGUACGUAGUUGGGGAGGAUAACUUCGCAGUAUGUAUCGCUUGCAGUGCAAGUGUUGUGUCCGCUUUCAAUCUACAGAAUAUAACGAAGCAUCACAUUGGCAUCACACUCAAUCAGAGGUUGUUCCUCCCAAUUCCUCGUAAUUGGUAUCGCUUCUAUUGA